AGACAUUAUUGGUCAGGUCUGGACUUGCAGCACCUUCAAUGUCACGUUUGUUGUGUGUAAAGUAGCUAACUAUCUGACAGCGAGUGUGUAUAUAAACAUAUAAAACAUGUAUAAAUUAAAUUGUAUACUAGUUAGUUCUGUGAGUAACGUUUGUCGACAGCUGGUUGCCUCCCUAAAUGCAAAUGGAAGCUCUCUAUGUGGCAGCAGUGGGCUGCAGCGAGCGUUAUGUACCAGUGCUAUCAGACUUCAGGACACAGCAGCAUCCACCACAGACUCUGGGAAGACCUCCAGAGACUUCAGCCAUUUUCCUCCACUGCUUGGUCAGGACAGUUCACUGAGAUGGGGUGGAAAGAAGUUUGAGGAGCUACCGAUCGCGCACAUUAAAGCCACAUACAACAAAUUAUUUAGGUUCGGUUAGGUCAGUGGAUCCCAAACAGGACAAGUGGAAAACUGUGGAGUGAAGAUCAAACUGAAAAGACACCUCACAUCAGUCUUCUGUAUGAUAAAGAUGUUCCAUAUGUAAAACUUUUUAGACACUGCUGCCACAGUGUUGUGCUUUUAAAAGAGACACGUGAAUCCUCCUGUUGGAGAGCAGACUAACUUCUGUCACUUCAAGUAGAAACAGGUGCAAGUUAUCAAAUACAAAAUAGUGAAAUAAAAUGUCUACCUUUUAUUUAUUUUUUGAUUAAUAGUUAUUAAGCCCGCACUGAUGAAAUAAAAAUAGUUUGAUGGUUUAGUGGAGUCUAGUGGGUGUUGAGUUGUAGGUAUAUCAUAUAUUCA